AUGAUCUGUACAUCAUGCAGCCCCAGUGCUCGCGAUUGGCGGUCAACAAUACCUUCGUUUUCGCUGUUCGCCAGCACCCCCUCCUCACCCCAAUCUGCCCCAAAGGAUGACAUGCCUAUCAACGGCCGUGCUUCUCCUUCUGUCUUCAACCGACCCUCUAGUGCACUGAGUAUGGUGUCUAGUACCGCAGGCGGUUCAACCAUAUCGAGCAACUCGAACGAGUUCUCAGCGUCGACUUCUGCGAUCUCCUCAACACGGUCUGUCGGUGGCCGCGAGAAGCCUGCUAAACUCGCCAUCCAAACCCCAUCUGGCAAGAUCAUGCGUCUCACCCGGAAGGCUGACCAUAUGAUGCCCGUAGACCCCUCCAGCGGUACUGUCACCGAUGCUAUCGCGGACGGGAGCGUAUGGGAGACAGUGAUCAAGAUUGGCGAGCGAGGUCUUUGGCGGGGAUUGGUCCUAGCAGACCGCUCGGCUCGGUGGUGUGUAUUCUGCGAAUGGGAAUGUGUCUAG